AUGCAACCAAAAAUGACCGCCCCGCUCACUAUGAAGGACAACAACAAGUGUUUGAGCGUGCGCGUCGGCAGCACGCUCGAGAUCCACCUGGAGGGCAACCCUACCACUGGCUACACGUGGACGCGCGUCGGCUUUGUGGGCAAGGAGAUGCUCAGCGAUGAGCACCUGGAGGUCACCUCCAAGUACACGCCGAAACCAGUCUCGGGUUCUAUGGUGGGGGCUGGUGGCUCCUACACGGUGUUCGUGAAACCGCUGAGAAAGGGCCAGCACGCGGUACAGCUGGUCUACGCGCGCCCUUUCGAGGGCCCUAAGCCAGAUAACGAGAGGUACACGUUGCACCUCAACGUUGAGUAG